CGCAAAACGAACAAUUCGAGAGAACCGGCGGCGGCAGCGCAGCCCCAUGAGUGUCCUGGAUCCGUCAAAGGACAAGCUAGCGUAUUUCAAGGACAAUAUCCAGACAGCAGAAGAUCAGGAGGAUUUCGAUGCAAGUCAGUACUACUAUAAUCGACAGGAAGGGUUUUUCAAGGCUGGGCCGUCAAGCAUGGCAGGCAACGAAGGAUUGCCAACAGGAGCAGGGUUGUCCAUGCCACCGAGUGCAUUCGGCAACUUUGGAGGUUCCAACGUGCAAUCCGGUGGCAUGAAUUCGUUUCUUGCUGCGACUACUACUGGUUUGGGUAUGGGCAGCAUUGGUAUGUCCAGCAUGGGGAUGGGAGGUGGCGUCGGCAUGGGAAUGGGCAUGGGAACUAACAGUUCGUCAAACAACGUUCUGCGGCCGCCACCUGCCGCUCCAAGCAGCGGCGGACUGCCUCCGCAUGAGAUGAACUACAUGGCCCGUACAUUGAGCACGGAAUCAAGUCCCGCUGCACCGAAAGCACCCCGGCAGAUUUUCUCGGAAAAGGGCCCUGACAUGUCCGAGUUUCCUGCCCUCACGUCUCGCUCCCUGCCCCUCGACGUCGAUUCGACAUCGUCGUCGUACCGGCAAAAUUCGGAGUUUGUCAUUCAAAAAGAAGACUUCCCGGCGCUGUCGACGUUUGGCGGGGCGACGCAGCCGCCCCUGAACAACGAGAAAUCCAUGUCAACGACCAACGACGCCAUGCUCCAGCGCCACCAUCCCACGAACAACGCAAACAACACGUCGAUUGGGUCCCGAUCCGGAGGAAACAGCACCAACUUUUCUCAAGGCAACUUUCACGCAAACAACAUGAAUUCGUUCCCAACGCUUGGUGAAACGAAGCAAGGCGGUGUCGCGUCCGACCGAAAAGCGGACGAGUACCCCAAAUUUGGCCUCAUUGGGAUGCUCCAGUUUAUGCGGCCCAACGAGUCGGAGCGGCCACUCGUUCACGGCUACGACUUGACCACGCUGGGCAUGAAUCUAAAUUCGUCCGAAUCGCUGCAUCAAACGUUUGCAUCGCCGUGGGCAGACGGUCCCUGCACAAAAGAACCACAGUACAACCUGCCAGCCUGCUACUACAACCAGCCGCCCGUGCUGAAGACAGCGCACUUGUCCAAAUUCCAGCUAGAAACGCUCUUCUUUGUGUUUUACGCCAUGCCGAAAGACGUGGCGCAGGCGUGUGCGGCCCAGGAGCUGUAUAUUCGCGAGUGGCGUUACCACGUUGAGCUCAAACUGUGGUUCAAGAGGCAGCCGAAUGAAGGCAACGGCGUGGCCCAGUUCAUCUACUUUGACAUCAACUCGUGGGAGCGACGACUAUUUGGCGGCAAUACGAAUGGAAUUAGUGCAGGGUUCAUGGGCGACGACGACAUCCGAGUCAAGUUUAACGGCGCCAACAACGCAUAGACUUAACCCCCAUGGAAUACAGAACCUCUCUAGCUGGUCGGCCAUGUUUCCCG